UCUGGAGGAGCGUCUGGCCGCGCGCGCAGUCUGCAAACCGAGCGCGUGUAGGAGGGGCGAGUAGAGGCGAGAGAUACCACAGGAAUGACAGGAGGAAGCCGCCUUGCCCCACAUCCGCAUUUACUCAUUCAACUCACUUCACGGGAAAACAAUAACGCCCUGGAUACACAAAGCUCGUGCGCAUCUGAUCUCUUUACGCUUCCCGUUCGUUGUUUUUUGUGUGUGCAUUUUUAUUUAUUUGUUUAUUUAUUUAUUUAUUUAUUUUGUUUUCCAAAGUUACCGUAUCCGAGGUGUCCAUGACUGUUUACAUGCAGCUCAGUUUACACGCAAGAGCGUUUGAUGGAGCUUUAUUCUGAAUGAAUGUUGGAGUCUCUCUCUGUAUUGCUUGAAUAAAGAUGCUGGAAGACUUGAGUGGGACACACACUAGACCAGGCAAACUUAAAACAGGCUCAUUCAGCUUCUCGGCCCUGGCGUCCCUACCACACUGCCUUCACAUGGACUCCAGUACACACCCUAUCAGGAGUGGUGUCUGUGGGUUUAAUGAACAGACAGAGACACGAGGACACAUUUAGGACUCUGUACCGGCUGAGGUUAGUGAGCUCGCCGAACCUGAGUCAGCUGGGCAAGAAUGAGAAGACAUCACUGGAGGAGCGUGGAUCUGGGCCAAACGCCACAUGGAACAGCAUUCACAAUGCAGUUAUUGGUGUUUUCCAAAAGAAGGGAUUGGCUGACAAUGAGCUCUACACACUCAAUGAAGGUGUGAGGCAGCUGCUGAAAACUGAACUUGGCUCAUUUUUUACUGAGUAUCUGCAGAACCAGCUGCUGACCAAAGGCAUGGUCAUUCUGAGGGACAAAAUAAGAUUCUAUGAAGGUCAGAAAUUACUCGACUCCCUGGCUGAGACAUGGGACUUCUUCUUUUGUGAUGUUCUCUCCAUGCUACAAGCCAUCUUUCACCCAGUCCAGGGGAAGGAGCCGUCAGUACGGCAGUUGGCUCUGCUGCUCUUCAGGAACACUAUCACUUUAAACAUGAAGCUGGAUGAAGCUCUGUCCAGACCACGUGCCCGUGUCCCUCCAUCCAUUGUCCAGAUGCUUCUGGUCCUCCAGGGCGUUCACGAGUCGCAAGGUGUGACGGAGGAGUACCUGAAGCUGGAGUCGCUCAUUCAGAAGGUGGUGUCACCCUACUUGGGGACACACGGGCUCUGCGCACACGAUUGUGACGCCACCCACUGUUCAUGCAUCUUGGAAAAUCGUUUGCAGUGGUGCUGGUCCAAAACAGCUGAAAUCCCCUCCACUAACCCAGUGGUGCGCUCCAAGAGCUACAACAUCCCCAUGCUUACGCCCGUGGCCGAGUAUGACACGGAGGUCGGCUCUGUCGGUAGCGUGGGUAUCCGUCGCCACUCAGCCUGUGAGGUCACUUCCUGUAUGGAGCAACAGGGCUUCUCCCUCUCGGUCAGUGUGGAGACGAGUUCCACCCCCAGGAUCUCGCUGGACCACGAGCUCCCCUUACCUACCGCAAAGCGUGGAGCCACAGCACAGCCUGCUCUAAUCCUACCAUCCAUCUUUAUCCAGAACUCUGCGGGGCUUUUACACACGCCGACAUCCACCUCGGAGACAGAUAAAGCCAUGUCUUCUCCCACUAGCUGCUCCUCCAGUCCGGAAACCAUAGUUAUGCAGGGUGUAGAGUCUGUGGAUUCUGAUCAGGAUGGGAUAUUCAUUGACUUUUCCCACUGCCGCUCGGACUCUUUUGGCGCCAUCAGGAAGACGAGCUGACUUGUGUAACACACUGAAUUCGUCCAUAUGGUUUAUUUUAAACACUACACAUGAGGCAUGUGCUGAUAUGGAAAUUUUCACAUCGUGAAAAUACAGUACGUGAUUAAUGGGAGAGCCUUGUAUGAUAACAGCACUUAUUGAUUUUUUUUGUCCAACAUAAGAAACCUGAGAAAACAGCUGUCCUUGCGCUGCUCUCCAAAUGGGACAGUCUUUAGUCUUUACUCUCAGGAGCACAAAUGCUGUCUAGAAAUGCUCACAGCCUCCUCACAAAUUAAACGCAGAGCUAGUGAUGUGUUGAAUAUCAUUGAAUAUCACACUGUACUGUAUGACUGUUUAUCGGCAUUCAGACUGUGCUUGGCAAGACCUCAGUUUGGGAAAAAACAAACAAAUAAAUACUGUGUUAGAUGUUUUAUAGCAAACAUUUUUAUAAGAUGUACAACACUUGUGGAUUUACUGUAUGUUUUCGGGAUUUUUAUCUCAUUUUAUAGGUACAUGUUGUCACAAGGAGAAUUUAAUUUGCCUCAACAAUUCUCCAUGAACGUAUAAAUAACUUAAUAACACAGCAUUAUCAAUUCUUUCAUGCUUGUGCCUUCAUCAUCCAGGCACAGCACAGUUUAGGUGUUUAACAUCAUAGUUCAUAUUUACUGCAGCUUACAGGUAAAAUGUGAAUGAUGCAACGUCUAUGAACAUUCUUAUAGUUAAAAAGAAAAAAAUUCAGACGUCUGUCCAAGAACAUGUUUAACAUAAUCAUGUAAAAGUGUGUGUGUGUGUGCGCGUGUGUGUGUGUUUGUUUGUUUGUUUGUUUGUUUUUCAAUAGUUCAAAAAUUAUUAAGGGUAAAAAAAAUAAUGCCAAAUGUGAGACAAUAUGAUGUAUUUUAAACAGAAAAAUUAAUUUGCAGCUCAAUUCAGGUAAUUGAUUUUUUUUUUUUUUUUAAUCUACAUCUCUACAGUUAUUUUCCUGGCAUGACGCAUUACAAUUUUGAUUGGUGCAAAUUAUAAACAUUAGAAUAAAUUGGAUUUGAUUCAUAUUAUUUGAUAUGCAAACGAUUCUGAGAUUUGUUUAUUUAUUUUUUCCUGAUCUUUCAACUGGGACAUCAAGCUGCUUAACAGCAUCAAAUAACAAGGAGGAUUAGUGAUAUCCUAACAGACAUUAGGAAAAUAAUAGAGGACACGUCUUCAAUUUGUAAGUAAAAUAAUUGUGUUUAAAUUGUAUGACUUUUGAGAAAAUGUGAACUGUGUUUUGAUUGUAAAUAGAUUAUUUAAUUGUUCCAUUUCUAUCAUGAAAUGAUGUAACAAUUUUUUAGGGCAUAUUUAUAAAGUUAUCUUAUAGUUAUGUAGUUGUAUAGAAUGGUUUUUACACAUGCAGGUUUGUUUUUUCUUGAGCAUUUAGAAAAAAAAAUAGUUUUGGGAGAUGAGGAGGAGAUGAGGUGAAAGUUUUUUAACUAGCGUUUGUCAUUUUUGACAAUUUGUCGAAUUUAGGUUUAUCAUAAUCUCUUUGUGCUUUGUUAUGAUACUGAAUAUACUUUGUUUUUUAUGAUACUGAAUAACUAUAAAUCUAUUGCUUUGGCGGUAAAAACACUCUUUUUUAAAUUGCUGAGUGGUAAAGCCGCCAGUAGGGGGCGCACCGGAGUGUUGGGGGUCGAGCUAAGGUUCACGUUUAGUACUUCUUUUUUUGCAAACCAUGUUGGCUAAAAUUAUUAAGUCGAUGUUGCUGUAUUUUUUUCAUAUAUAAUAAACAUUUGAGACUUUCA